AAUGAUCAUUUAUUAAGUUCACUUCGGAAGCUGACCAUCAUUUUGCCAGUGUAAGUGUAAUGUCCCAUCAACUGUAGUACUGCAGGCGUGCCGGGUGGAUCCAGAGGUCUCCGCUAGUGGGGCAGAUGAAAACACUGCACUAGUCUUUGCUGAGGUCAGUCUGUGCAGCGCCCAGUGCUGCUCUCCUCUUAACAAAAACACCUUAUUCAUACAAGCGAAAUGUCUCGCGUUCGACAUUUUAUCUGGAUAACUUUACUGUUUUCGUGUAGCGUUCAAGUAUUUCAGGCAAAACGGAUUUUCAAGUGCCCUUCAGGUUGCACUUGUACGUCUGAUUCUAUUAUUUGCGUCGGAUCAUCUUUCAUCCCUCGGGCUGUUCCGAGUGACAUCAACUCUCUGAGUAUUGUCAAUGGAAGCUUCCCAGAAAUCAAAGCAUCUAUGUUCUCCCUUAUACCAUCGCUGCAGUUACUGCUCCUUAGUUCAAAUUCCCUCUCCAACAUAAAGGAGGACGCAUUCUCUGGCCUUCCUCACCUUGAAUACUUGUUUAUUGAAGGGAACAAGAUCGAUGCAAUUAGCAAAUAUGCCUUCAGAGGACUUCGUGAUGUCACACAUUUAUCUCUGGCAAACAAUAAUAUGAAAACCCUCCCAAAAGGCUUGUUUGGUGAUUUGCAUUCUUUGAUCGAACUAGACUUGAGGGGGAACCUGUUUCAAUGUGACUGUGAGUCCAAGUGGUUAAUGCUAUGGCUGAAGAGGUCAAAUGCUACAGUCUCAGAUGUGUACUGCGCAGGGCCUGCAGACCUCAAGGGUCUCCUAAUGAAAGAUGUUCCUGAUAAACAUGCCAAGUGCAUCUCCACUGAUUUUGUCUCUCAUCAAAUCAUAAACACCCAGUCCAUGUCAGCUGAUAUUUUCUUCUAUAAAGAAGACAUUUAUGCUGCAUUGCCUGUGCCAGACUCAGACAGCUGCAUCAUCAUGGAAUGGGAUCACAUCGAGACCAAAUUCAGGCCUUUUGAUAACAUCACAGGACAAUCUGUUAUUGGGUGCAGGUCUGUGCUGAUUAACGAGCAGUCAUUUGUGAUUGUCACUCAGCUCUUCAAUGGCUCACGCAUUUACAAAUUCAACCAAGAGCAGAACAAGUUCACCAAGUUCCAAGCAGUAGAGAUGCUGAACGUGUCCAAGCCAAAUGACAUCGAGGUCUUCAGAAUUGGGGAUGAGCAGUUCUUUCUGAUCGUCGACAGCUCCAAAGCGGGCGUGUCCACCCUCUUCAGGUGGAAUGACACAGGCUUCUUCCCUCACCAGUUUCUUCAUGAGUGGUUUCGUGACACUGACGCAGAAUUUUUUGACCUGGAUGGCAAAGCUGCUCUCAUACUCACAAGCCGUUCACAGCCCCCCAUUAUUUACCAGUGGAACAAGGGCAACCAGAUGUUUGUUCUCUAUGAUGAGAUACCGAAUAUGGAUGACAUGGUUAGUGUGAAAGCCUUCAGAAUCAACAACAUCCUCUACUUAGCAAUGGCCUGCUACAUUGGAGAUUCAAAGGUCCUGAAGUGGACGGGUAAGAACUUUGUGGAAGUACAAGGCAUGCCCUCCCGUGGCGCAAUGGUCCUACAGCCCUUCAUGUUCAAAGACCAGCACUAUCUGGUUCUGAGCAGUGACUAUUCGUUCUCACAGAUCUACAGGUGGGACAAGGAGAAGCAGCUGUUCAUCAAGUUCAGGGAGGUCUAUGUUCAGUGGCCACGUUCUUUUACUCCACUCUCUACAGGUCAGCGCGACUUUCUCUUCGCUACCAGCUUCAAGGGAAAAUCGAAGGUUUUUGAACAUGUUUCAGUUGAUUACAGCUGAGGCCACAGAGCACUUACAGUGGGCUUUGGUGUUAUAGUGUAAUAUGUAAAGACAAAUGCUAAACAAACCCUUACUCCCUGAAUAUGUAUGCAAAUAACCCUGUCUUGGCCUAAAUACUGACCAAUGCAAUAAUAUAUGAGCAAAAAUGGUUGUGGAGCUAUUCAGUUUGCCUGGAAGAGUCAUAAGGUGGUGCAUGCCUGUUGUUUAGAAUUCUGUAAAGUUUUUUACACUUAUCAAAGUUAUUCAGCUGGCUUCACCUUAGUAUUUCAGUUUCCUAAAAGUGCAGACGUUAUAAGGCCAUGAAGAUACUGAUAAGGACACUCAUCCGUUACAAAGAAUUUUGCAUUAUGGUUACCACAAUAACAUGUACCAAUGACAUGUGUUACCAUGCUACCAUGCUUUUGGGAGAUCAGACCCUAAGUACGUUUACCUUUCCCAUGGGGUUGUCUGAAGCCAUGAUUAAAGCCACUCUAAGAGCCUGUUACCGUUACCAUGCUGAGACAAACCAAUGUCACCAUAGCUUUUUAAGUUGAUUUAAUGCCAUGCUGUUAGGUUUAGCAGUGCUGACCAAAGAUAACAUACCUAACAUGGAUAACACAGCCUAACAUGGAGCUUGAACAAUAGUCUGAGGCAUCACCCCUCCAAAAGUGGUGGGGGAAAAAAAAGAAAAUUCAUGUUGAUAUGUCAUUUUAAAUCUGGCAUCAUGUCCCUGUGGAAGUCCUUUUAAAUAGUUUGGCUAUUUAGACAUAUUUAAGAGUAAAUACUGUACAAAAUUCUAUAAAACAACCAACAAACAGGCUAACAUACCUGUCAAGAUUACCAGAGCAUUCUGGUCGAUCAUCUUUAUUUCUCCGAUUGACAAAAACAUCUUCCAUCUUACUUUUAGCUUGUAUACUUUAAUGCUAUGUGUCCUAAACUGAGCCCAACCUAAUGAAAUAUUAUAACUAUUCAAAGACUGCUGUAUGUCAGGGCUUCUAUUAGCCAUAUUUAAAAAUCUCCAAGUAUUAACCAUCAUGUUAGCUAUAUGUUACAAUAGAGAUCACGUGACAAAAGCCACGCGUAAGUAGAAUGAAUAUAUUAUAUAUCUUUAAAACGUGUCCUGCUCUUUUGGCGCUAAAAAUAAAUUCAUUGAUUAACUUCGGCCUGUACUGGCGCAAAAGCAUUAGGCAGCUACAAACACCGGCUGUCCAGACAGGUUUGUCGUCUUUCCACUUUCACUUCUCUGAGCAUAUUAGAUAGUGCUUCGCAAUUCAUGUACGAAAGCUGCUGCUUCUUGAGGAAUAUCCCACCCGCAGAUGAAAUGGAGAGUUGAACUGGUCACGUUAAUAUCUAGGACUACAUGUCGGCUCAUACCUAUAGGUUAGUGCUCCGAACAUGUGGUUCAAGUGCCCGCUCGUCCCCGCGGUUGUUUCACAGCAGCUGAAGGAACCAUGUGCUGCCCUGUACCCUACUCUACAUAGAGAAAGACAAAAUAAAUGUACCUUUCCAUGCUAUUCUUGGUGCUCGUUCAUGUUUUUGUGAAUUAAAGCGCGUUUUCCUCA